AUGGCCCACCACUUCCACGGAGACCCCUCGAUCGACGAGCUCUUCGGUGAGGCCUCCAAGCUCGUCAAGGACGAACCACGGCUACAGAACCACUCGACUCGCCGCGACUCGCGUGACACCCAGGUGUACAUGCGCUCGAUGGACGUCGCGUCGCAACUGACCGACCGCGACUCGGUGUUGGACCUAUUGCUGCCAAUGCUGUUGGAUACCAUCAAAACCGAGCCCCUGGUGUCCCCCGUCGACGCCAGACCGAAGCUGAACUUGACCCUGCUGUUGAAAGAGGCGAAACCAAAGCCCACAGAGUGCCAUAACUGCAAAACCCACACCACCCCGCUUUGGCGUAAAGACCCCCAGGGAAACACCUUGUGCAAUGCCUGUGGCCUUUUCCUUAAGCUCCACGGCACCACCCGCCCGCUUUCCCUUAAAACCGACGUGAUUAAGAAGCGGUCGCUGAGACGGUCGCAAACCCAACCAAAACAGCCGCUGCCGCUGGUGCUGGUGCUGGUUAACCCUCGUGACCGCAAACCCACAAUAUCGUCCCAGGCACCGAUUGCCAUUAACCCCCAGUUUCUGUCAGCGCCGCCGAUCUCAACCCUGUUGCCGCUGCUGAACUCGAGAUACAAAAAUGUCCUUAUCCUCCCUAAACCUCAGCUGAGGGGUAGCUCGACCAACUUGGCGCAACAGGGCCAGACUCAACUGCAAACACAACAGGCAGCUAUCCCUAUCCCUCUGCUGUCAGUGCCCCUGCCAUACACUCCACAAACUCCCAAUAGCUAUAACCAGCUGUUCAAACGGAAAAAGCUGGAAGUAAGCAUCGCCGGUAACACGUUUAAACCACAACCGCUGCUGCUGUUUAAGCGUAACCUGAUCAUCCCCACCCGACGGCUGCUGACGAGUCUCGCCCACAAAAACCUGGGCAUCGCCAUCGCCCUGAUGAACAUGCCCCACCAAAAUAUGCUGAGCUCGGCCCACACCACGCCGCUGCUGCUGCUCACGUCGACCAACAUGCAAAUCCUCAGUCUGCAGAAACUAUUCUUCGAUGGGGCGUCGUCGUUCCCUAACCGAUAUAACAACCUGUCGACGACGAUCAAUCAGCUUGACGGCAUGAUGAACGAUGCUGAAGACACACCAGGCCUGGUGACGCUGGCCCUGCUGCUUGGCCGCCACCCGUCAUUCACCACCAUCCCCACCGAGUACAAGGGCCGGUCCCCGCGGUACGAAAACCUGACCCCCAACACGCCGUUGAACGACAUGAUGCUGUCGUCGCUCAAACGGCCGCCACAACAGACGGAAGCCUUCCUGCAAAACCCCAACCUGCUGUUCAUGCGCGGCAUCGACGACGAGAUGUUGAUCGACACCAACGAGUUUUUCCCAAACUUCCCCAUUGGCGCCGACUUUAUCGACUCGUUUGCCCAAAUGCUGUCUCCCCCGGUGCUGGAACUGGUGGUGGAUGAGCUGGAAAUUCAGCGCGGGUUCGGUUUGCCUGGGAACCCCGAGCCGGCUAAGGACUUGGACUGGCUCCGCUUCGAGUUGUGA